ACCUUCUUCUCCUCACAGUUUGAAGGAAGAAAAUAUUGUGAACAUGACUUCCAGAUGCUCUUUGCUCCUUGCUGUCACCAGUGUGGGGAGUUCAUCAUUGGUCGUGUCAUUAAGGCCAUGAACAAUAGUUGGCACCCUGACUGCUUCUGCUGUGACAUUUGCCAGGCUGUGCUUGCAGACGUGGGGUUUGUCAAAAAUGCUGGCAGGCACCUUUGUCGCCCGUGCCAUAACCGUGAGAAAGCUCGUGGCCUGGGCAAGUAUAUCUGCCAGAAGUGCCAUGCCAUCAUUGAAGAGCAGCCACUGAUCUUUAAGAAUGAUCCCUAUCACCCAGACCACUUCAACUGCAACAAUUGUGGGAAGGAAUUGACAGCAGAUGCCAGGGAAUUGAAGGGAGAGCUCUUCUGUUUGCCCUGCCAUGACAAGAUGGGUGUACCAAUCUGUGGUGCCUGCAGGAGACCCAUCGAGGGGCGUGUUGUCAAUGCUAUGGGCAAGCAGUGGCAUGUGGAGGUUUGUGAACAAGAAAUUAGACUAUUUAUCAAUACACUAGAUAGACUACAUUUCU